AUGGCUUCCAACAUAAGCCGCCCCGGUCCUGGGGAUGAAGAGUAUGGCGAGGAAUGGGCCAAGGAUUUGAGGCACCGAUUUGAGCGACUAUUAAAGACGAAGCGAUUGAAUGAACUGGACCGCUCUCGGUCACGGCAAGGCUCACCGGCUCCCGGCACGUCGUCAUCCAGCAGCCCAAGUGCGUCCGCUGGGCCAUCGUCGUCACAGCCAUCCGCAUCACAAAUAGGCUCGACGCCGCCGUCAUACUCGUCAUUAAGAAACCUCCCAAAGAUCCCGACACCACCAGCUGCGACAGACAAAGAGUCACAAAAAUUCAGGAAUCUACUUAUCACUCUGUCGACAACGCCGACGAAAUAUGAAAACCCUGGCUUGCUGGACGAAGCGUUGCAAGUCAUCCCACUUGACCGUAUAUAUGGCGAGGCAGAAGAAGAGACGCAAGUUUUACAAGCUCAGGCUGAGAGCAUGGGUGAUGGGAGGAAACCCGAAUGGGGAUAUCAGGACUGCGUCAUCCGCGCUCUUUUGAGAUGGUUCAAGCGUUCUUUCUUCACAUGGAUCAACAACCCGCCAUGCCCAGUUUGCAUGUCACCGACAGAAGCAAAGGGCAAGACUGCUCCCACGCCGGAGGAGAAUGCGUGCGGUGCGCUCCUCGUGGAGCUCUACCAAUGUUCGAGCUCCCACUGCGGUGCUUACGAGCGCUUCCCCCGCUACAGCGACGUCUGGAGGUUAUUGCAGACAAGGCGAGGCAGGUGCGGCGAGUGGGCUAAUUGCUUCAGCAUGCUCUGCCGAGCCGUUGGUGGCCGGGUGCGUUGGGUAUGGAACGCCGAAGACCACGUCUGGACCGAAAUCUACUCUGAACACCAAAAGCGAUGGGUCCACGUCGACGCAUGCGAGGAGGCCUGGGAUAAUCCACGCCUCUACACGGAAGGCUGGGGCAAGAAGAUGUCGUACUGCGUAGCAUUCUCGAUCGAUGGCGCUACCGAUGUCACACGCCGAUACGUACGAAAGAGCGAGUUCUCACUCGAGAGGAACAAGUGCCCGGAAGAAGUCAUGCUCUACAUCAUGCAGGAGAUCAAAAACAUUCGGAGGGCAAACAUGAACAAGGACGAACGAUUCCGCCUGGAGAAGGAAGAUGCCAGGGAGGACCGCGAAUUGCGUCAAUACGUGGUCAACUCGAUCGCACAUGCUGUCACUCAGUUGGUCCCUGGCGUCACUAAUGGUUCCGGCUCGACCGUGUCGGGUUCUAGCGAGGACACCAAAUUGCCUGCUGAGCAACUUGGUAGACAGAGCGGAAAUGCGGAAUGGGUUGCAGCACGAGGAGAGGGUGGAAGGCACCACUAUCCCCCUGGCCCUGGAGAUGGCUCCCACCGUCGGGAGUAUCGCUGA